GGAUCCGGACUUCUUUGAUGAGCAUUCGCUUCCGUCAUCCGGCAUGCGGGCUUCAUCGCUAAGCCUAGUAAUUCUCUGGUGCUCAGCGUGCCUGGUUCACGGCCAAUUCUUCAGCGCUCUGUUCGGUUGCCGGAAUGAAGCCGUCGUGAACGCCUGCCCCCUCGAUUGCGAUCUUGGGAAGGACACGUCAUCGUGCAUCGUCUGCGUUUGUCCUCCGUGCAUUGUAUGUCCCAGUGGUUGCUAUCGGGGAAGCGUCACAGGGGGAUUGAACGGAGAAUGCCCGGGGUGUGCUUCGGUCGCUGCAUGCGUUCGACGUCGAGGAAUCUUCCGCAGCAAUGAUCCAGACCCUCAGAGGCAGAGCGAAGCGAUAUCGAGCGAUAGUCAUCUUCUGAAUCUUGAAAAAUAAAAUACUGUUGAG